GACGUUUAGGAAGCCUUUCUCGUGAUCUCCAACUCGGAGGAGCUUGUUCCCCAGGAGGAAUGGAGAGACAGACCCUGGACACGUUACGGGACGAAGCUCCCUCCCUUUCCUAUAAAAGCUAGACUUCUCUGAGGAAGAUGCAUUGCAUGAGCAAAGCCGCUUCGCUGACAGCGGGUGAGACGAGCCUACUGCCAUUCUGCGCGAUCCUUCCUGCCGGCCCCACUUCUCCCUGCACAGGGACCCGCCGUUGGCCCUCCUCCGGGCUGGCUCCCGCGUCCCGAGCAGGUGCCACCUCGAUGGCAGCGGGGACAUUUGAAGAAGAUUGUCGCUCACCUGCCUGCUCCCAACUGAGCUAAGAAGGGCGGAGAGGAUGCUCCCGCCGCAGUGCAAUGGGCACGAGCCUCCGCUCCCCGCAGUCUGCAGACAGCCAAGGCAGGGCCGCUGCGUUAGUGCGGAGUCCUGCCUUCUGCACAGGGGCAACGAACAGCUGUGCACGGCUCCUCUGCCGCGACUGCAAUGUUAGCAAAGGGAAUGCUGGGACCUGUCCCGGGCUGCCGGAGCCUGUCGAGAGGAACCGGGCACAGCAUUAGCUUCUUGGUGCAACCAGCAGCCGUGCCACUCCCCUGUCUCCUCCCCAGCCGCAGGUGUCUGUUUCCCGGCCUGCCCUAGCCCCCUCCCGCGCCGCGGGCUCCGCCGCUUGCUCUGUGUUGCUGCUGUGAGUGGCAGCCCGCCACUUCCUGUCUGAGGCUGGCGGCGGAAGGAUCGCGUGUGCUGUGCUGGAGGAAGCGCUCCCCCGCCGCCGCGUUGUGUUGUGGGGGUGACCCGCGCUGGGCUGGCUGGCGGGCCGCUCGGUGUGCGGAAGGAUCCGCGCCGUGUGGCCGCCCCGCGCUGGGGCUGCGUGUGUCCUAGCCCGCCCGCUCUGCGCUCCCUGCGAGUCAAUGUGAAGCAGUUCCAGUACCAUAAACAUGGCGACUUCUCUGCAUGAGGGGCCCACGAACCAGCUCGACCUGCUCAUCCGAGCCGUGGAAGCAUCAGUUCAUGGCAGCAAUGUGCACUGCACAGAUAAAACAAUUGAAGCUGCAGAGGCUUUACUUCAUAUGGAGUCUCCUACCUGCUUGAGAGAUGCCAGGAGUCCUGUGGAAGUUUUUGUCCCUCCUUGUGUGUCAACCCCAGAGUUUAUCCAUGCUGCUAUGAGGCCAGAUGUGAUAACAGAAACUGUAGUGGAGGUGUCAACUGAGGAGUCUGAACCAAUGGAUAUGUCUCCUGUUCCAACAUCCCCUGAUAUCCGUGAGCCAAUGAAAAAGAAAAAAGCUGGCCGUAAACCAAAGACCCAACAGUCAGCCAUUUCCAAUGGUUCUCCAGAUUUAGGUAUAAAGAAGAAACCCAGAGAAGGCAAAGGAAAUACAACAUAUUUGUGGGAGUUCCUUCUGGAUCUUCUUCAGGACAAAAAUACUUGUCCUCGAUACAUUAAGUGGACUCAGCGAGAGAAGGGCAUCUUUAAACUUGUGGACUCCAAAGCGGUCUCCAAGCUAUGGGGAAAGCACAAGAACAAACCUGACAUGAACUAUGAGACGAUGGGAAGGGCCCUGAGAUAUUACUAUCAAAGGGGAAUUCUCGCAAAGGUUGAGGGGCAAAGGCUGGUAUAUCAGUUUAAGGAGAUGCCAAAAAACAUAGUGGUCAUAGAUGAUGACAAAAGUGAAUCCUGCAAUGAAGAUUUAUCAAUGCCUACAGAUGAGAAGUCAUUGGAACGAGUGUCAUUGUCUGCAGAAAGCCUCUUGAAAGCAGCAGCAUCUGCACGUGGUGCAAAAAAUUCUUCUCCGUUAAAUUGUACAAGAGCAGAGAAGGCAGUCACCCGAGUUGUGAAUAUUGCCUCUCCAGGGCAUGAUACGUCAUCUCGUCUUCCCACCACCACUACCACUGUUCCAGCAACAGCAGCUCCCAGGACUGUUCGUGUGGCGAUGCAAGUGCCUGUCGUAAUGACAUCUCUGGGGCAGAAAAUUUCAACUGUGGCAGUACAGUCAGUAAAUGCAGGGUCACCAUUAAUAACCAGUACAAGUCCAACAACAGCAACGACCCCAAAGGUAGUAAUCCAGACAAUCCCUACCGUGAUGCCAGCAUCUGCUGAAAAUGGAGAUAAAAUCACAAUGCAGCCUGCCAAAAUCAUUACCAUCCCUGCUACUCAACUCGCACAGUGUCAGUUGCAGACAAAAACAGGCCUGACUGGGUCAGGAAGUAUUAACAUAGUUGGAACCCCAUUGGCUGUGAGAGCACUUACCCCUGUGUCUAUAGCUCAUGGGACACCAGUAAUGAGACUAUCAAUGCCUGCCCAGCAGGCAUCUGGUCAGACUCCUCCCAGAGUUAUUAGUGCAGUCAUAAAAGGGCCAGAGGUGAAACCAGAUACAGUGGCUUUAAAACAGGAACGUGAAAUGAAAACACUGCAACUUGUACAAGAAGAAAAGCCAGCAGAUGGAAGCAAGACUGUGACGCAUGUUGUAGUAGU